GAGAGGCCACCCAUAAGCCUGUCGCUGUGGAGCCAGAGAAACAGACAGACAACACAGUGAAGAUAACCGGCGUAAUCGCGGGCAUCCUCCUCUUUGUCAUCAUCUUCCUCGGAGUCAUCCUCCUCCUGAAGAAAAGCACAGCAGUGUUGUCAGCGUUGUCAGCGCAAAACGAGACCAAGAUUGACUGUGUCCGAGUCGCCACCAAAGGAGAGGCCACCCAUAAGCCUGUCGCUGUGGAGCCAGAGAAACAGACAGACAACACAGUGAAGAUAACCGGCGUAAUCGCGGGCAUCCUCCUCUUUGUCAUCAUCUUCCUCGGAGUCAUCCUCCUCCUGAAGAAAAGAAGAACCUACCACUCCUACACUUACUACCUGAAGCUGGCUAAGAAGCGUAAGGAGACGUUGAGCAGUACUCGACAGGAGAUGACAGUGAUGGUUAACUCUAUGGAUAAGAGUUAUACGGAGCAGGGGACAAACUGCGACGAGGCCUUGUCGUUCAUGGACACUCACAGCCAAACCCUCAACACCAGGAGUGAGUGUACCCUCACACUCAAUGGCCGUAGCGAGUGCACCCUCGCUGUCAAUGGCAGAACUGUGUUGUCCCCUUCCUCCUUCACCCUGAAUAAGUCUAAUAAUCUCAGUUCAACGCUCCCCAAGUCCUACUACCCAGAUCCCUUUGUGCCGACUGCUAUCUUAGACGACAGCCAGACGCUGGGUGGUGGUGGUGGUAGCUGCAGCGACACCAGCAGUCUGGUCCAGUCUCACGGCCACUCCCUGAGAAAGAGGGAGGGGACAGUAGACGCGCCCUACCAGACGGGCCAGCUCCACCCUGCUAUCAGAGUAGCCGACCUGCUGCAGCACAUCACGCAGAUGAAGUGUGCGGAGGGAUACGGCUUCAAGGAGGAGUACGAGUGCCCCUCGGUGUGCUCUGCCUGUCUGCCUAGUGCCCCCUCGGUGUGCUCUGCCUGUCUACCUAGUGCCCCUCGGUGUGCUCUGUCUGUCUACCUAGUGCCCCCUCGGUGUGCUAUGCCUGUCUUCCUAGUGCCCACUCGUGUGCUCUGCCUGUCUACCUAG